AUGGCAAGGGUAAGCCUAUCAUUGUGCCUUCUUACUUUCCUCUGUAUGUUUGCUUGCUCCACCUCUGAAGAAGACUACAUUUGGGGUGGCCAAAAGCAAGGAAAGACAUGGUGUGUAGCACAGGUCUCAGCUCCAAAUGAUAAGUUGCAGAGGUUUCUAGAUGAGUGCUGCUCACAGUUGGAUUGUGGGCCGAUAAAACCCGGCGGCCCGUGUUAUGAGCCCAACACUUAUCGAAAUCAUGGAUCCUACGCCCUUGAUCUCUGGUUUAGGGUCCGUGGGGAGUGCAGGUCCGAUAUUGGCACACCAGCUGUCACUGAUCCGUCUUGGGGUCCAUGCAAGUACCCAUGA